AUGGGUGCGGAGGGCCAAACUGGCCAUUUAAUUGCCAACUUACUGCUUCGACAAGACGAAUAUCCGGGCAUCGGCAAGGUGGAUUCGGUGGUAGGCCUAACACUACACCCCCGACACCAUCAUGUCAUGGCGAAUACGCUCAAGGAGACGGGCUGCGAUACUAUCUGUUUAGUUCCGCCGGCGCAUAAGGACAAGCAUGAUAUCUGCGUCGAACUAGUCCAGGCCGCUAAGAAGGCUGGCAUAUAG